CGAUCCCCCGUUCCGACCCCGAACCACAAGUUCUCAACUUGAUGCAAAUCUGCAUGUAAGCGGCUUGAUUAAUUACACUUUUCAGUGCGAUGCAACGGCUCCGUCUCAUGCCAGGCACCCGACAGCCCGGCUCGAUCAACCUUAAAGUUGCUGUCAUCCCACCUUCUUUUGGCCGCGUUUUAAUUCACUCCUGCAGCCAUGCAGCCUUUUUCCUGUCAGUUCAAGCUCAAGCGGGCUGGCCCGAGUUUUUGACGACGUGACCACACGGCUACGGCUACGGCUACGGUAUUGCCGAUAGGAAGUUUGAAAGCGGAUAGCUGCAGUGGUGCAUGCUGCAGCUGAGGCUGCUUCCGCGCGCUGCCAGACGUGAACAAACCCGAUCUGAUCUCGCUGCAAGCCACCAAGCCACGCUUCCGCCUCGCAGCACGCGGCCCGUCACAAUCACCAUGUCUUCUCCCGGAACCAGCACCCCACCAGCCGGGACUCCACCCGGCACCGGCGCCGUCUCCGCACCAGUCUCCGGCCCUCCGUACCCACCAGCAACAGCGCAAGUCGGCGGCGUCCCCACCCCGGUUCCUGACGCAGCCGUCUCAGGCGUGCUCCUCGCCCUCUUUCUAGCCGGCGCGGCCGUGCACAUGGCCAUCUUCCAGCGCAACCGACGAAUCAAACACAAAUUCAUCUUCUCGGCGCUGCUCUUCUAUUUCUGCGUUAUCCGUGCCGUCGCGCUGACGCUGCGCAUCGCCUGGUCGGCCACGGCCGCUACGCGGGGGAAUGUUUCGCUGGCUAUUGCCUCGGGGGUACUUGUUUCGGCUGGGGUGUUGUUGUUGUUUAUUGUCAAUUUGAUUCUGGCGAGGAGGGUGUUGAGGGCUAGACUGCCGAGGGUUGGGUGGGGGGGUGUGGUGGGUUGGGUGUGGACGUUUUUGAUUGGGAGUGUGGUCGCGGUGUUGAUCAUGCUGGUCAUCUGCUUCGUGCACUCGCUUUUUACGCUGGACAUGUCGGCAAGGGAAAAGGAGAGGCAGGUGCUGCUUUUUGCCGGGGUGUAUUUGACUGUUAUGGCGUUCCUGCCCGUGCCGGUGGUGCUGGUGGCUUGGUUCGUGCCCAUCAUGAUGGCCAGGCCGGGAAAGAAGGGACAUGAGCUGGAGGAGUUUGGCACGGGCAGGAUGGGGACCAAAGUUGCGCUGCUGGUGGGCACGUCGCUGCUGCUUACGCUUGGGGCCGGGUUCAGGGCGGCGGUCAACUUUGUGCCGCGCCCCCCCACGCAGCCGGCGUGGUACCACUCCAAGGAGGCGUUUUACUGCUUCAAUUUUGUCAUUGAGGUCAUCGUGGUGUACGUGUUCGCCAUUGCGAGGUUCGACCGCCGGUUCCAUGUGCCUGAUGGCAGCUCCGGUCCGGGGGAUUACGCCAGGGGCGCAGGUGUUGAGUUGGGCGGCAUUAUGGAUUCUUCGAAGGCCGAAAGUGCCUUGGGAGCUUCGGCUGGGGAGGAAAGCUAUGGCGGUUACGGCCAUCCGAGGAUGUAA